GUCGAGAACCUUCCAGAUUUUUUUUGACCGGCUCGGGAAUCAAGCCCAGCCACCAUCAGCAUGAUCUUGCUUUGGAGCAACCGUUAUUUACCGUGCAACGUCUAAGGAAGGUACCUGAUAAGUCGUUCUUGAUUUUUUUGAGCAGAGAGUUUUACUUUCGCCUCUACACAACUCAAUACAUAUACCUACUUAGUUGAGGCGUAUACAACUGGAGUAUUCAAAUUCGGCAAAACGAGUCAUCGUCCAUAAUCUUUCAACAACCUUUGACCGAAGAUGUUCCAAUUUUAAAUGCGUAUAUUAGCGCGUUAACUAGUGGUUGAACAAAAAAAAACACCAAUUAUGGCUCUGAAAGGUUUUAAAGUUUUAGAAUUCGUGGGUCUGGCGCCAGGACCAUUCUGUGGCAUGAUACUAGCGGAUUUUGGCGCCCACGUUACUAGAAUAGAUAAGACGCCGCUAAAUACUUUUGAUGUUCUCAAAACCGGUAAACGAACAUUGGCCUUAGAUCUCAAAAAACCAAAAGCUGUAGAAAUAGCCCGUGCGCUUUGUCGCACAUCCGAUGUGCUAAUAGAACCAUUCCGGCCGGGUGUUAUGGAAAAGUUAGGUCUAGGGCCCAUGGAUGUGAUGAUGGAGAAUCCUGGACUAGUAUACGCCCGACUAACAGGGUUCGGUCAGAACGGCCCUCAUGCGUCUCUAGCUGGCCAUGAUAUCAAUUAUGUAGCCCUAUCAGGAAUAUUAUCAUUAUUCGGUAGAAAAGACGAACGUCCAACUGCGCCAAUAAAUUUCGCGGCUGAUUUUGCUGGUGGUGGCCUGUUGUGUGCUUUUGGUAUUCUGGCCGCAUUAUUGGAAAGACAUGCUUCUGGAAAAGGUCAAAUUGUAGAUCACGCAAUGGUAGAGGGCACUGCUUACGUUGGUAGUUGGCUAAUCCGCUCGCAGGCCCUUUCCAUUUGGGGAAAACCUCGUGGUGAGAAUGCGCUCGAUACUGGGGCACACUAUUACGACACUUUUAAAACAAAAGAUGGCAAAUAUAUGUCUGUUGGUGCGCUGGAACCUCAGUUCUAUAAAGAACUUUUGGAAGGCUUAGAUCUGCAGAAUCACUUAUCGCAAAAUAGUGAUGAUGAAAAGGCUCGCCAACUACUCGAGGCUGUAUUCCAGACUAAAACCAGAGCUGAGUGGACUGAAAUCUUCUCUACCCGAAAUGCGUGUGUCUUUCCAGUGCUCGAGCUGAGUGAGGUAGAUCAGUAUCCACAUAAUCAAGAGAGGAACGUUUUCCUGGAUCGAAACAUGACGAAGCAGAAACAGCUCGUUCCAACACCUGCCCCAAAACUUAGUCGGACACCGGCAGCUUCUGUGGCAUUGAUAGACGAAAAAGAUGAACUGCAAAUGGUAGAAGAAAUUUGCGAAGAAAUUAAUUUGGGGAAAGAGGAGAUCAAAAAAUUGUACAGAGAAAAGGUGAUAUUAAUCACAUAAUCAAAGCUGUUACAAAAUAGUUUAACUAAAAGCGUUUUGCGUUUCAAAUACCAACAUUAUAUAAAAUGAAUCGAGCAUUUGAAUAAAUUAGUUGUAUACAGUUGUGGUCUGGGCAGUAUGGUAUUGAUUGCUAAGAGCUUGUGUACUAAUGUAUUUUAUUGUUUAGUUGUAAUACACAGGAUUAUGUUCUUAUACGAUUUUUUUUUUCGCUCGUGUUUUUUGGAUCGUGUGACUUUUAUUUACCACCAGAAUCUUUGCAACAUGCUUAAAAAAAUCCUGAAUAAAUCAAAGAAAAAUCAUAUGAUAAUAACUAUGCGUUAAACAGUCAGGAUAAGUGCAAAAUUGAGAAAAUGUAAAUCGUUUAAAAACAGAAUACAGUGCUUCCCAAUUUCCUACAAUUUAUUCAGGUCUUGGAAAUUAUUUGUUUAAGUAUAGUUAAUUUACGGAUAAAUUUACCGACAAGUUAGUAUAGUAAACCACUUUCGCAUGUUCCGAAAGGCGGUAAUGGGUUCAGUGAAUAAAAAUAAAAACUGAAUAGACAUCUUGAAUCAGAAUGCCUAUCUGUUGGUGCUUGUUGGAUUGAAUCGUUUU